AAAUAUAUUUAAAUUCCUUCAAUUAUAUCCAAUAUUUCCCGAUUUCCCUAUAUAUUUAGCAUUUAUGUUUAAUCACCUUCACGCCUACUAGAUCAAAUUUCACGCUCGAUAAAUCAUUUUACUUUAGAAUUUAGAAGGUUCACGAUCAAAAAUAAUGUGGUUGAAAAUCAUUUUUACAAUAACUUGGGGUACCGUUUGUCAUGGCGCUCUUUUCACUUUCAACAAAAGCUACGACAUUUACGAUCGAAACAAUUGGGAAAAUCGCCGAUUGGGCAAAACUUGCCGAGGUCUGGUCAUGCCCAAAUGGCCGCACGGCGUCAUUACGGCUCAAAAAUUAGAGCUGAAACAGCUCAUUUUUGGUUACAAUAUGGAUUUUUUGUUCAAAGACGACACGGAAAUCACGUUUAACGAACACUCCACGUCUACAUUCAAUUGCGUGACCCUGAACUCCACGGAGAUGGCGCCCCACCACUGGGACGACCCCACCAACUGGAUCCUGGAGGACCGGCUCGACAACGCCGCCGUCCCGGACCUGGAGAAGCUCCCCGGCCGCCACGACGACGUCUUCCUGCCGAAGGGCAUCCUCUCGGGCCGGAUCUACGUCCCGGGGCCCUUGGAGGUGAACAUGCUGUUGUUUGGAGAGGAGCGCUGGCCCGGUUUCACUCUAACCAACGAUGACACCGUCGCCGAGGUCCUGGACAUGCUGAAUGGUCAAUUGAGCGUGGACGGUGGAGUGUGCUCGGACCGAUCGGGAUGUCCUUCGGGUAACGAGGAGGCUUACAGGGACAUGUGCAGGUUCGUGGACGAAAGGGAUACCUUCGAUUGCGAGGAUCCCAUCGAAGCGAUCGGGUUUUGCAACAAAAUUUGCGGCGCCGCGAUCCGAUUUUCGCCGAAGGCCGAUUUCGAUAUUCGCUCAUUGCGAACCGAACUGGACGGGUUCGAGUCCGAGACGCACGCGAGCAAAGUGAAGACCCAAGAUGGCGACGAGGUGGUGCAAAUCGUCUUCGCCGAAUCGAAGUUCACCGGCAACUCGCUGGUGGAGGCGAAGACGUUGUACGACAGGCUGGUGGCCGGCGGGAGGAUCUCGCCCGGCGUUUCGGGUACUAUCUCAUCGUCGGGGUACCGCUACGAGGAGGGCGCCACCGUCGAGUCGGCCAUGUCGGCGGUUUUCGGCUGUUUGGCGGGCGUUUGUCUGCUGUUUGGGCUGUUGUAUUUCGUUUUCGACGACGACAAAAGGCUGAAGAGUUUGAGGGAAAGGACCGGCUUGGGACAAGGUCCUCUGACGUACAGGUCCGUACUGUUCACUAGGCAUCUCAGUGUGAGCGAAGGGGCCGGUCUGAUCCUGGACGGGCAAUCUGCGGCGGGAUCUCUGCAGGAUUUGCGCCCGACGCCGGGGAAUUCGCCGCAGAAAUCUGUUCGGAUUGAACCGAAGAAAAAGUCUCCUUCGACGUCGGAGGCCAGCGAUUCGUCGGACGAGGGCGGUACCGAUGCGAUUGCGAAUGAAUCAUCGAAUAGGGAGUUAUUUGAGGAGCAAGAAAGAAGAAAUUUAAUCGAAACAGUGGCGGAGGAAGGGGAAUUAGUCGAUUUAUCUGAAUUAAAUUAAUAAUUUAAUAUUUUUUUAUAUAUACAAAAAUAUAACAACUUUGCCUAAAAAAAUAACUUAAAA